GUUGAUAUGUGUUCAUGUAAACAGCAACAAUGUGAUCGCCCAUCGGCGUGAAGGGAGUUUUGGGCAUGCGCAAACGCUGCAAAGUGUACAGCGUCUCUAAAUCUGUUCAGCGGUUCCACGGGUUGAGACGGGCAGCGCACUAUAGGAAGAGAUGACCGUACUGCAACUAAAAAACUGUUCAGAAACAUAAAUGAAUCGCACAGAGCUGCAGGUAUGAAUUCUAUAGGAGUUUCGUUUUUGGAUCCUUUGAAUGAUUAUGAUAUUAUUAAUCGGAUCGGGAGUGGGACGUACGGCGAUGUUUUCAAGGCUAGAAACAUUAAGAGCUCAGAAAUGGCGGCUAUUAAAGUGGUUAAACUGGAUCCAGGUGAUGAUAUCACCUCUAUCCAGCAGGAAAUUACAAUGAUGAAGGAGUGUAAACAUAAGAACAUUGUCGCCUAUUACGGCACUUACCACAGGAACACUAAACUAUGGAUCUGUAUGGAAUACUGUGGGGGAGGAUCACUGCAGGACAUUUACCAGGUAACUGGCCCUUUAAAGGAAAAACAGAUAGCUUACAUUUGCCGGGAAACACUCCAGGGUUUGAACCAUCUCCACGAGACAGGCAAAAUACACAGAGAUAUUAAGGGAGCUAACAUUCUUCUUACCGAUCGAGGAGAUGUCAGAUUGGCUGAUUUUGGAGUUGCUGCUGAAAUUAGUGCCUCUGUUGCCAAGAGAAAGUCCUUCAUAGGAACUCCCUACUGGAUGGCCCCUGAGGUGGCAGCAGUUGAGAAGAAGGGUGGAUAUAACCACCUGUGUGACAUCUGGGCAGUGGGAAUCACAGCCAUCGAGCUGGCAGAGUUACAACCUCCGAUGUUUGACCUUCACCCCAUGCGUGCUCUUAUGUUGAUGUCCAAAAGCAGCUUCCAGCCUCCCAAGCUAAAAGACAAGAGCAAAUGGUCUGCAGGUUUUCAUAGCUUUGUGAAGAUGAGUUUGAUCAAAAGUCCUCGCAAGAGACCAACAGCUGAAACUCUCCUGCAGCACCCAUUUGUAACACAGCUAUUGACCAGAAAAUUGAUGAUUGAGUUGCUGGACAUGGCAAAUAAUCCAGACCUCCACCAUUAUAUCAGCCCAGAAGAAAAUGAAGAUACAAAUAAUUCAGCUCCAGAUAAAAUCCAGUCUGAAGUGAAACAUUUGCCAGUGGAGAGGAGUUUUUCUGAAAAACAGUUUGACCUGGUAAAGUUUACCCCUCCAAGGAGAAAAGAGACUGAACCCUACCCUGACAUGGGUUCUUACGAUGAUUGGAGCAUAUCUGGAGAUGAACCAGAAUCACCGGGUCUGCUGGAAAGUGUGGAAGAGGAGUUACAGCAGAGGAGUUUAACAGUUAAAAGACUCUCCUAUUUUGAGUGGGGUACGAGAAAGAGUGGACUGUUCAGCCCACCACCUUUAUCCGGUGUGGCAUCACUUCCUCCUUUGAGUUCUUUAGAUCUAGAGGACAAAGACCUGACACUUCGACCCAGUGCUACUUUGUGCCCUGAAACUGCACUGCGUCCAAAAUCAGUGCUGUUAAGAUGUUCAGGAAGCCAGGAUGUGCGAAAAUGGUGCAGUGACCCCAGUGUCGCUGAUGAGACAGAUACACAAGAACAUCAGAGAACUCGUACACAAACUCUUAGCAGAGACACACCUCUCUCUCCAGAAUGGAGCACCAUGAGAAAGAAAACAGAAGACUCUAGAGCUGAUUCUCAUGGACUUCCUCCCACCCCCCAGGUCUAUAUGGGUGCUUGUUUUACAAAAGUCUUUAAUGGAUGCCCACUCAUAGUUCAUUGUGCAGAGACAUGGGUUUUGCCCAAAACCAGAGAUCAAUAUCUUAUACUGGGAGCAGAGGAGGGUGUCUACAUUCUUAACCUAAAUGAGCUGCAUGAAGACACUUUAGAAAAGUUGCUUCCACAGAGAUGCACUUGGUUGUAUGUUAUGAACAAUGUCUUAAUGUCCAUCUCCGGCAAGUCGUCUCAACUGUACUCUCAUAGUCUGACAGCUCUGUUUGAGCAGCGGGGACACCUGCAAAGGAAACAGGGUCACUUGAGCCACUUGUCCCUUGGCACUAAUCGUUUCACAGAUCGGAUACACAGGAAGUUUGCGGUAUCUGUAAAAAUUCCAGACACAAAGGGCUGUCGAAAAUGCAGUAUAGCUCGUAACCCAUAUACAGACAGCACAUUCCUAUGCGCUGCUGUUCCCUCUGGGCUUACUCUGCUUUUGUGGUAUGAACCGCUGCAGAAGUUCAUGCACCUUAAGCACAUAUCUGUGCCCCUACCUGACCCAUUGCCCAUCUUUGAGCUGCUGGUGUUAAUGACAGAUGAGCUUCCUCAGCUAUGUGUGGGGGUCCGUGAUGCCCCCCCUAUUAACCACCAACAGCAAAAUGGGCAGCAGCUCAAGUUUGACAUCAUCCAACUGAAUGGCAUGGCAAACCCUCAGCCUGAUAGUGAGACAAAAAGAGCUGUACAAGUGACACAGCUGGACAGAGAUACAGUCUUAAUUGCUUUGGAAAAAACAGUGAAGAUUGUCAACAUGCAGGGUGUCGCCAGUAAGGAGUUACCAUCUCAACUGGAGUUUGACUUUCCAAUUGAGACUUUAGUUUGUUUAGAAGAAAGUGUUUUAGCUUUCUGGAAACAUGGGCUUAAAGGGUGCAGUCUGCACAAUGGUGAGAUAACACAGGAAAUCACAGAUGAAAGCAGAGUGUUUAAAGUUUUAGGAGCACACAGAGACAUCGUUUUACAAAGCACCCCAACUGAAAACCCUUCAGCAACUAGCAAUUUAUAUAUUUUGACUGGCCAUGAGAGCAGCUACUGAGGAUAUCUGUUGGACAGAGUGGACAAGAAUCUGAAGAUCUUAGAAAUCCCAUCAUGUAACACUAAGAAAUGUAAAUUUUUGAGAGACCGAAUGCAUGAAAAGCAGUGUAUUUUAAAACUGUACAUCUGUCUCAUUGCAUGUGUAAUGCAAGCAUUGAUUGCCCUUCAGUUAAUCUUACUGGUACACAUUCUGAAGGUAUAGGAAAGUGGAUGCAUCGGCUUUUUCGUUUCUCCCUCUAAAACCAUUGCUUUUGGUUGUUGAAGAGCCCCAGUAUGAAAUAGAUUUAAUGUUCAAUAUGGAUUAAUGAUAUUAAACAUAUUUUUUUUAAGUUGCAAAGAUAAUGUGACCAAUUUGUGAUAAAUGGUUUGUAAAUAUAAACUACUAAUAAACAGUGAAAUAAAAAAUUUAUUAAUCACAUUAUUAAACUUCCACAAACCUAACAUCCACCAUAAAGCCACCACCAUCAACUAGUAAUGGCUGCGAUGCCAGCAUCACAAUCUUAUUCAUUUCAAAGAAAGCUUGACGAUUUCCAGUGAUAUGAGGAACAGCGACCAUUGGUGACAGGAAAUGGGCGUGUCCAGGUACUUGACAAAGUUGAGCCCUGACAAAUGUUGGACAACGUUUUUUUAAAUGGAAAUGGUGGUGCAUUGAACACCCUGUUCUGAUGCCACAAGAGUCGCAACUAAGGCAGCUGAGAAGGCCAUUCUUUGUCGUUUUUUUUUUUAUCAUUUUUUGGAGCCUGAUGAAAUCAGAAUAAAUGUUAUAAACGUGUCUAAUACUGCCAAAUACCAAUGUUACAGUCACUGCCCUUGCCACCCAGAAUUAAAGAGAACAUCCCAAUUUUGCUAGCUGUCUCUCUACCGCGUGGUUUAUUUACAUGUUGCUGCUGAUUGGGACACACCAAACAAGAGAAAAUGUAUUUAAAACCUGUUGCACCCCAGUUCAACUUUAUGCAAAUGACAAGCAUAGAUAGUAAGUAACAAAGUACAAAUACUUUGUUACUGUACUUAAAGGGGACAUAUCAUGUCAUAUUUUCCAUGUUUAAGUGCUAUAAUUGGGUCCCACUCCCCAGUGCUUCUAUCAACCUAGAAAAUGUGAAAAAGAUCAACCCAGUAACUUAGUUUUGGUAAACCAUUCUCUGCAAGCAUGUGAAAAAAUAAGUUAUUGAAAUCCAAUCACGCCACUGCCAUUUAGGCCCUGUUUACAUUAAAGCAUUUGCGUUUUAAAACGGCAUUUUAAAA